AUGUGUGCGACAACUCUAUGUCUCUUCUUAUGUUGCCUGGUGCUGCAGGCGACUGACGGAAAACUGGACUAUGUCUCCCAGGGAGAAGGACUACAUCUGCAGGGGGACUUCUCGAUUGCUGGACUCUUUCCUCUCCAUGACACAAAUGGCCCAAGUGCUGGUUUACCCGCUCUGGGUCCAUGUAAUGAAGGCCGGCACAACAAGCAUGGCUUCCAUAUGAUGCUAGCCAUGCGAUUUGCUAUAGAUGAAAUAAACAACAAGUCUGGUGCACACCUUCUCCUGCCUGGAGUGUCUCUUGGAUACCAGCUGUACGACAUUUGCUCGGUUCCGGCCAGUGUGCUGGCUACACUGGACAUACUGGCCGAUCAUUACCAUGACCCGGCUCCAAACACAGAAGCACUCAUUAACAACAUGACUGUGGCUGUGAUCGGGCCCGACAGCAGCAGCAAAACUUUUACUCCUGCCGCUCUACUGGGGGCCUACCUCAUUCCACAGAUCUCUUAUGAAGCAUCAAACAAAAAGUUGAGCAACAAGGUCCACUACCCAUCCUUUUUCCGCACAAUUCCCAGCGACAAGAAUCAGGUGGAGGCCAUAAUCCAUUUGCUGAUCCAUUUCAAAUGGAACUGGAUCGCUCUGUUGGGCAGCGACAACAACUAUGGCUUGGAUGGCAUGCAGAGCCUGUCCCAGCAGGCCCCGGACCACGGCAUCUGCGUGGCCUACCAGGGAAUCAUCCCGGCCUACAGCAGUGAGACAGCUGGCAUGAUGAGGAGCAUGGUCGAGGGCAUACUGAGAGCCAAGGUCAACACCAUUGUGCUCUUUUCCAGUAAGUCCAAACUCAGCGGCUUCUUCCCGUUCGUUGUCCAGGGCAACGUGACGGGAAAGGUGUGGAUUGGCACAGAAGACUGGUCAACGGCCACGCUCGUAUCCGGGAUCCCUGGGAUCCAAACAGUAGGCACUGUGAUCGGCGUGUCCAUCAAGAACGCGGCCAUAAGUGGCUUUGGGGCGUUUGAGAGGAACAUUGUGGAGGCUUCGCUCCGUCACAUCAAAGCUCAGGCGGUUUCAGGGGCCAACAGCAGUGUGUGUCUGCAGAGCACUGACGUAUUCAGCCUAGCCAGGCACAACUUCACUUUGGAGAAGUAUGACGUCACCUCCUCCUUCAAUGUAUACAAGGCGGUGUAUGCCGUGGCUUAUGCUCUGCACCAAGCUCUUCAUUGUGACUCUGGACAAUGCCAAAAAAGGAGGGUGCACCCUUGGCAGCUCCUGCCCAUGCUCAAGGACACGAGAUUUUCUCUGGAAAACACCUCUGUGUACUUUGAUGUGAACGGAGACCCUCCCACUGGAUAUGACAUAGUGACGUGGAUUUGGAGGGGGACGGAGUGGUCCCACCGAGUGGUGGGCUCCUUCAGCCCAGAUCCCCCUCAGCUCAUACUUGAUGAAGAGGCUAUUGAGUGGCACAGCACAGGGAUGACAACCAGAUCAGUGCCCACGUCCAUCUGUUCUCCGCCCUGCCCAAAAGGCCACAGGAAGUUGAUGAGAGGACAACACUCCUGCUGCUUCGACUGCCAGGCCUGUCCUGCUGCCACCUUCCUCAACCGAAGUGAAUCCAUUCAAUGCCAGCCGUGUCCACGCGAGCAGUGGGCUCCAGCGAGUAGCGAGCGGUGUCACGACCGCAGCGUUCUUCUUCUGGCCUGGGACGCCCCCCUCGCCAUGGCGCUGCUCUGUUUCCUGGCCUGCUGCCUCCUUCUGACCUCCAGCUCGGCCGCCGUCCUCCUGCUCCACCUCCGCACGCCCGUGGCCAAGUCGGCCGGCGGGCGCACCUGCCUGCUGAUGCUGGCCGCCCUGACCGCCGCCGCCUUGAGCUCUCUGUGCCAUUUCGGCCCCCCGUCUCGCGUGUCCUGCAUCCUCGAGCAGCCUCUGUUCACGUUCAGCUUCAGCGUGUGCCUGGCCUGCAUCACCGUGCACUCCCUGCAGGUGGUCUGCAUUUUUAAACUGGCCUCCAAGCUGCCACCGGCCUACGACAAGUGGGCCAAAAAACAAGGGGCCGAGCUGACCAUUUUUGUUGUGUCUGCCAUCGCUUUGCUCAUUUCUGUGACGCGUGUAGCCCUUGACCCACCUGAGCCAUCCCAGGAUGUGGACUUCUACCACGACAGCAUGGUCCUGGAGUGCAGCAGCACCCUGUCAUAUGGGGCAGGCGUAGAGCUGGCAUAUGUGUCACUCCUCAGCGUGGUCUGCUUCUCCUUCAGCUACAUGGGCAAAGACCUACCGGCCAACUACAACGAGGCCAAGUGUGUCACCUUUAGCCUCAUGGUCUACCUCGUUUCCUGGAUCAGCUUCUUCACCGUCUACCUCGUCAGCAGAGGCCCCUUCACCAUGGCCGCACACGUCUUUGCCAUACUUUUCAGCGUUCUGGCCGUCCUGGGUGGCUACUUCCUGCCCAAAAUGUACAUCAUCGUACUGAGGCCACAAAUGAACACCACUGCUCAUUUCCAGAACUGCAUUCAGCUGUACACCAUGAGUAAACAGUGA